GGCACCUAUUUCCUAGUCCCCCCCACCUAAAACCGCCGCCGCCGCCGUUAUUCGGCACUUCAACUGGCUCUGACUCUUGAGAUUCAGUUCAGAUUUCACGCCGCAGCGGAAAGAUUGAGUCUUGGUUAUGCUCCCUUUUCGUGCCUCUGCGCGUUUGCAUUCAAUCGAUUGAGCGAGGGGAUUUGAUUUUCGGCCGGAAAUGGGGUCAAAGUUCUGCAUGAACGAGAUGUGCCGCGCAACGACGUCGUCUGAGUGGAAGAAAGGAUGGGGAUUGAAAUCGGGUGGAUAUUCAACGCUCUGCUCCAAUUGCGGGUCGGCUUAUGAGCAUUUAGCUUUCUGUGAUAUGUUUCACAUGAAUGAGUCUGGUUGGAGGGAGUGCAGAAUGUGUGGAAAGCGGCUUCACUGUGGGUGCAUUGUGUCAAUGUAUUUGUAUGAUUAUAUGGAUCAUGGAGGCAUAUCAUGCAUAAAUUGUACAAGGCUUUUGGGCGUUCAAAUCUUGAGAACGAUACAGACACCUAGUAGUAAUAAUAACAUACCAAACGGAAAUUUGCCCGUGCAAAAAAUUAGAGACGCACAUCGCGUGGAUUCUAAAACAAGAACGGAUGGAAAUGAUUUUGAUAAAGGAAGACUAAUGCACAUGACUAUGGAGGCACACAAGCCAGAUCUGCUCUUUCUACCCCAAAACGGUGCAAAGAUCAAACAAGAACAGAAAGUUCCCAUUAGAGAACUCACAUGCUUGCCAAACCUCAACCACAAGACCAUUGAGUCACCAAUAUUUGGCAAACCAGACAUCAGCAUCCCUAAACAAGGCAUUAAAGACACAACAUAUCAAGCUAUCAUGCAGACGUCAAUGAAUUUCUCUUUGACCACUCCUACCCUGGGCACUACUUCAAGUUCUCCACUGCAGUUUCUUGCUGGGAUUGCUGAAGGGAGCGAACAAAGCAAGGGGUCGCCUUCACAACAAGGGCAGAAAGGACAAAAUAUUAUUCCCAAACCAAUUAAAGCUGUCAAUAAUUUAGGAUCUGAAUCUAAAAAAGGAAUUAUUACCUCAAACCGCAUUGCAAGACCUCCACCUGGUGAGCGCACUGGACGAAAUCAGUUACUUCCUAGAUACUGGCCUAGGAUUACUGACCAGGAAUUACAGAAAUUAUCUGGAGACUUGAAGUCCAAUAUUACACCAUUAUUUGAGAAGGUUCUUAGUGCAAGUGAUGCGGGUCGGAUCGGGCGUUUGGUACUCCCUAAAGCAUGCGCUGAAGCAUACUUUCCUCCUAUUAACCAUUCAGAAGGUAUAUCUAUAAGGGUUCAAGAUAUAAAGGGUCAAGAGUGGACAUUUCAGUUCCGAUUUUGGCCCAAUAACAACAGCAGGAUGUAUGUCCUAGAGGGUGUUACGCCUUGUAUCCAGAACAUGCAGUUGCAAGCUGGCGAUACUGUUACAUUUAGCCGGAUAGAUCCAGGAGGAAAGCUAAUUAUGGGUUUUCGGAAGGCAACAAAUAACAAUAUUGACCCACAGGAUUCUUCAAGUCCAAUGCUUCCCAUUGCUGGCAGUUCUGCAGAAAUUCAAGCUUCUGGUGCCACUGACAAUGACACGGAGAAGAAUGAAAGUGGGGCCAUGGAUGAAUCCUUGCAAAGAAAUGUACCAAUUCCGGAGAAGGAGAAGAAGAAGACACGGAACAUAGGACCCAAAAACAAGAGGCUAUUGAUGCAAGCAAAAGACGCUUUAGAGCUGAAGGUCACAUGGGAAGAAGCACAAGAGUUGCUUCGUCCAUGUCCUUCCGCGAAACCAACUAUCGUUGUGGUUGACGAGUUUGAAUUUGAAGAAUAUGAAGAACCGCCGGUUUUCGGAAAGAAGACAAUGUUCACUUCCCUAUCAACCGGGGAGCAGGAACAAUGGGCUCAAUGUGAUAGUUGCUCCAAAUGGCGCCGACUGCCCGCUCAUGUUCUCCUUCCACCCAAGUGGACAUGUUCGGAUAAUAUGUGGGACCCAAACAGAUGUUCAUGCUCUGCGCCUGAUGAGAUAAAUUCCAGAGAACAGAACACAUUCCCUAGAGACGGCAACGAUUCAAAGAGGCGGAGAAUCACGGAGAACAACAGUGACGAUUGCGAACCUUCAGGGUUGGACGCCUUGGCCACUCUGGCAGUACUAGGAGACAGCAUUGGCGAGUACGGCGAACCGCCUGCCGCCUCUUCUUCUUCUGUCGGCGUGGGACCCACGACGAAACACCCCCGGCACCGCCCGGGUUGUUCUUGCAUUGUCUGCAUCCAACCCCCGAGCGGGAAGGGCAAGCACCUGCCCACUUGUAAGUGCAACGUCUGCUUGACUGUCCGGCGUAGGUUCAAAACCCUGAUGCUUCGCAAGAAGAAAAAACAAACGGAACGUGGACCUGAACCUGCUGCCACAACCACCAACACGCCUGCCGCCACCACCGCCGCCACCGGACAAGGGAACGAAGAGCCUCUUCUUCCUAAAGACGGAUCGGAGACGGGUGGUGCGGGCAUUGGACUGGCGACCGGGUUGUUGGUGAAUCAUCAUUCGGAAAACGACCGCAACCCAAACGGGGAUGCCGAGGACGUCGGGACGGGCAAGGGACAGCUGGACCUGAAUUGCGACCCUAACCGCGAAGACGACAUGCUGCCGGAGAAUGACAAAACUGCCCUUCAAGCACAGGAUAAUGGUUUGGAAACCCAGAACCAUUAUGACCAUAGGAUUAUCACUUCCACAGAUGCCAAGCAAGAAAUCAAGGAUGCUGAUUGAUGAGCAAUUUCUCAAUUUUUUGUUUUGUUUUGUUUUAUUAAAAAUAUAUUAUCAUAUGGUUGGGUUCUUUUUAUUAAUAGAGUUCAUUUAAUUAUACCAUAGACAUUUAGUACAUUACCCAAGUGAGUAGCAUCUCUUUACCCAAGUGAGAAAUGUAUGAUUUGGUUUGAGAGGGAUGACAAUGAGAAGGAUGCCUUG